AUGUCGGAUGGUGUGAUACCUGCCCCUGCCCACGACGAACGACGGCGACUGCUCGAAAACGCCGACUACGAUGCGGAAGGUUCUGGUUCGGAUGCAGAAAUCGUUGUUGAGAAGAAGCGAAACUGGUGGGCGAUAGGCUCGUACGCGGUCCUCACCGUGUUAGGAGGCGUUGCCCUUGGUCUCUUCAUCAAGGGCUUCAUUGACGCAAACGAUGUUGAGUUUGACCUCGGGAAGGCGCUGAAGAGUGCACUCGGAGGCGGUUUGAGUGGUGCUGCGGCUAUGGUGCUGCAGGUGUUCACACUGAUGCCACUACGCACUGUGAUGAACUACCAGUACCGGUACGGCACCACGACCACACAAGCUAUCAAGACCCUCUACGCAGAUGGCGGAUGGACGCGGUACUACCAGGGUCUCAGCGCCGCACUGAUCCAAGGCCCAGUCUCGCGGUUCGGAGAUACCGCUGCGAACGCAGGCAUUCUCGCACUGCUGCAGAGCAACUCGUUCAUGAAGCGUCUGCCCGCGCUGGCAAAGACGGUCUUCGCCUCGCUUGCGGCGGCGUGCUUCCGGAUGAUCCUCACGCCGGUAGAUACGGUCAAGACGACGAUGCAGACGGACGGCAAGGCAGGACUUGCCAUCUUGAAGACAAGGAUUAAGAAGUACGGCAUCGGAAGCCUGUGGUACGGUGCUGUUGCUACUGCAGCGGCGACUUUCGUCGGUCACUAUCCGUGGUUCGGAACGUAUAACUAUCUAGAUGCGAAUCUGCCGCAGCCGACGACGCUUGCAGAGAAACUGCUGCGACAGGCGUUCAUCGGAUUCUGCGCCUCCGUCAUCUCCGACACAGUGUCAAAUUCACUGCGGGUCGUCAAAACGUAUCGCCAGGUGCAUCAGUCUCGCGUCGCCUACCUCGAGGCGGCGCAGGCAGUCAUUGCGCAGGAUGGUCUCCGUGGACUGUUCGGGCGUGGGCUUAAGACACGCAUCAUCGCGAACGGUUUGCAGGGCCUCAUGUUCUCCGUGCUGUGGAAACUCUUCUUGGAUUUGUGGAAUGAGAAGACGAAAUGA